AUGAACACCCUUCGGAUAGCGUCACAGACAUGUCGGCCCAAAUCAUACUCACCUCCGAUACUGGCGUUGCAAAGACUGAUAUUCAAUGUCAAUGUCCGAUGGAGCUCACAUUCACCCCUGGGUGCAGCCCUCGCUACCGCACGGAAGCCUGUCACCAUCAACACCAUCCAGAGCCUGUAUCGUAAGAAGGAGCCAAUCACCGUCCUCACUGCGCAUGACUUUCCCAGUGCUCACGUUGCCGACCAUGCCGGCAUGGACAUUGUUCUUGUGGGAGACAGUCUGGCUAUGGUCGCCAUGGGUAUGGAUGACACAAGUGAGGUGUUGCUGGACGAGAUGAUCUUGCACUGCAAAUCAGUGUCGCGUGCAACCAAGGGUGCUUUUACGGUGGGAGACUUACCAAUGGGCAGCUAUGAGAUCUCUCCUGAGCAAGCCCUGGCUUCCGCCAUCCGAGUGAUCAAAGAGGGUCGUGUCAAGGGCGUCAAGCUCGAGGGUGGAAAGGAGAUGGCACCAACCAUAGCCAAGAUCACUGGAGCUGGUAUCCCUGUGCUCGCCCAUGUUGGCCUCACUCCUCAAAGACAGAAUGCACUUGGCGGUUUCCGUGUGCAGGGCAAAAGCACUGCCUCCGCCGUCAAGCUGCUCGAGGAUGCACUUGCAGUCCAGGACGCUGGCGCCUUCGCUAUGGUUGUCGAAGCCGUACCAGCAGAGGUUGCUGAACUGGUUACGAAGAAGCUCAGCGUCCCCACCAUUGGCAUCGGUGCUGGUAAUGGUUGUUCAGGACAGGUACUCGUUCAAGUCGACAUGCUAGGCAACUUUCCACCUGGUCGUUUCUUGCCAAAGUUUGUCAAGAAGUUCGGCAACGUCUGGGACGAGUCCCUCAAGGCUAUUGAGCAGUACAGAGCGGAAGUAAAGAGUCGAGCAUACCCUGCACCGGAACAUACGUACCCGGUGUCAAAAGAAGUGCUUGAUGCUUUCGAAAAAGCUGUCGAGCAACGAGGCGAGUCGGAAGCCUGA